AUGGCUCCUAGGCCUCUUUCCAUCCACGACCAGAGCCCGACCUCACUCCGCCUUGGGGGUGACACCCCCCUGCUCAUUGUUUGGGGAGGACUGGGCUUCUCGAGACGCCCCAUCAGAGAUCUAAGGGAUUUGUAUGCGCUAUACACAGAUGAGCUGGCAGACUUCCUGCAACACUGCAGUAACAUACUCCAGCCACUGCUUAUCGAGGAGGCAGAAGCAGCAGGCAAGGCUGAAAAUGUCAAGCAAGGACUCAUGGAAUGGAUCACAGGCCCAUCCAAACGGUCUCCGACAGUCUCACAUGCGACCACCAUGGCAGUGACAACCAUCUUGCAGAUGGCCCGCUACGUCCUAUUGUGCAAGCGUCUGGACAAGACACCUGGUGAAGUAGCCCGCUCAAGCUCCGCAUUCACCGGCCACUCAGUGGGUCUAUUCGUCGCCAUCGGCAUGGCAGCGGCAGGCUCCUGGGAGUCCCUCUAUGUCGUCGCUGACGGUGUGCUGACGGGCACAUUCUACGGAGAGCGGUGUGCAAGCGCCGUAUGGGACAACAAGAAUCUCGUCUCUCAGGCAUCCGCGACUGAUUGUAUGCGGCGAGGCGAGGGCACUCCUUCGCCCAUGCUUUCUGUAGCUGGCAUAGAUUACGCCAGAUUGUCCGCAGAGAUGGAUGCAGUUAAUGAGAGACUUCCGGCUGAUCGCAAGCUCUACCUCGCGCUGACGAACGACGUUGACUCUUUUGUCGCGGCCGGUGGUCCCGAAGGCCUCGUUGCUCUCUGUGCGCGACUUCGAGCACCUACGCCAAACAUUGCCCAACGUCAGGGCCAAUGCUCCUUGCAGUUCAUUCCCGUCUCGAAUCCCUUUCACUGCCCUCAUCUUCAGGACUGCACACCAGCGCUGGCCCAGAAAAUGGAGAGGUUUGUCAUCAACAAAAGCGAUAUGCUGGCCCCGGUCUGGGAGCUGGAUUCAUUUCUUGAUGCCCACGCUGGCGAGUUCACGGACAAUAUCUGUCCCCUGAUCGGCCGACUGAUCUAUCCUAGGGCUGUUAAUUGGCCUGGUAUUAUGAGACACAUGUCUGGACGCUGGCAGGUAUUGGACUUUGGCCCUGGCGGCUCCGGAGGUGUGGGUGCAUUCAUCAACAAAAUGAAAUCGGACCCCAAGACGAGGGUGUACACCGUCUGUCCGACAGACACAUUCGGCGCAGCCAAGUAUACGACUGCCAUUCCGCCUCUACUGUCCGUCGUCUCCAACGACCCGAAUCCUCAGACAUACGCUCGUAUCGACUUGGCAGAACGCUGUUUGCCUGCAUCAAACACCGACACCUGUACGCAAUCCGGGUCGAAGUUCACAGAAAUCAUGGGACUGCCUCGUGUCCUGGUCGCUGGCAUGACUCCAACCACCUGCGACGUCGAUCUUGUCGCUGCUAUCAUGAAUGCCGGCUUUUAUGUAGAGUUUGCAACGGGCGGGUACCAUGAUGCCGACUCUUUAGCGGAAGCCAUCAAGUCGUUGGCGAGCAAGAUCCCUAGCGGCCGCCUCAUAACACUCAACAUCAUUUAUGCCAACCCACGCGGACUCAGCUGGAUGAUCCCCCAGAUCGCAGCGUUAGUGCGCCAGGGCUGCCCCAUCGGUGGCAUCACAAUCGGCGCUGGCGUUCCUGAUGCGGCAGUGGUUGGUGAGUGGAUCAAGCUCAUGGAGCUGUCAUACAUCGGUUUCAAGCCAGCGUCGUCAGACGCGAUUCUUCAGGUCUUGGACAUCGCAAGAGUGCACCCCACACUACCAGUGCUCCUGCAAUGGACCGGCGGCCGGGCCGGAGGCCAUCACUCGCGAGAGGACUUCCACCAACCUAUACUUGAGACCUACCAAGCCAUACGGGAGGUCAACAAUGUCAUUCUGGUCGGCGGCAGUGGUUUUGGAGACGCUGAGGGCUCUUGGCCUUAUAUCUCUGGCGAGUGGUCACAGGCGUUUGGGCGGCCACCAAUGCCUUUUGAUGCCACCCUGAUCGGCACAUGCGUUAUGACCACCCGAGAAGCCAAGACGAGUUCGGCUGUCAAAAAGGCCAUGGUCGAGGCUCAGGGUGUCCCUGAUGAGGACUGGUCAGCUACUAUGGAGAGUGGUGCAGGAGGCGUCAUCUCGAUUAUCUCCCAUCUGGGCGAAGCCAUGCACGUACUCGCAACACGAGGCAUGAUGCUGUGGGCAGAGAUGGACAAGACCCUCUUUAAGCUGCCUAAGGAGAAGAUGUUGGCCAGCCUCCUUCUGCGCCGGGAUGAAAUAAUAUGCAGGCUUAACGAGGACCACCAAAAAGUCUGGUUCGGUCUGGACUUCGACUCGAUGGAGCCAGUAGACAUCUGCGAUAUGACCUACUUUGGCGUGCUUCGACGCCUUAUUGACCUAGUGCACCCGGAGCGUACUGGGACGUGGAUGAAUCCUUCCUAUCGAGGGAUAGUGGACGACUGGAUGGUGCGGAUCAUAGAGCGUUUUGGAGGAUCAUCUGAGGCCAUCAACGCCCUUACAAACCCUAAGGAACAACUACAGGUGAUCUCUACCACGCUUCCCGAGGCGGACCACCAUCUUUUGUCACUGGAGGACACCGACUAUUUCCUGGAUCUCUGCGGCAAAAGAGGACGCAAGCCUGUUCCAUUUAUCCCGAUUCUAGAUGCCGACUUUCCUGUCUGGUUCAAAAAGGACCCAUUGUGGCAGUCAGAAAACCUCGACGCCACAUUCCACGGCGACGCAGAAAGGGUCUGCACUCUUGCCGGCCCGGUGGCCCUGCAGCACUGCAAAGAGGCCGAUGUUCCCGUGGCCCGAUUCCUCCAGGGCAUCGAACAAGGGUACUUGGACAAAGAGUCUAGCGUUGGUUUGUCACAGGCUGCACGCUCUCUGGCCUCACCCCUGUACGAGGCCGACGAGCUCGUUCAUUUGAUUGGGGACUCAUAUGUCUCCAUCGAACCAGACCAGUUGCAGAUCGCCCAAGACUGCCCGGAAGAUAUAGACAACGAUCUGUGGCUUCUCUUACUUGGAUCUAAGCUGGGCCACUGGGGCAGACAGCUUCUGGGAACCAAGAAGUUGAUUGGUAAUGGACGAGCGUAUGAGAACCCGGCAAGGUUGGUUUUCAAAGCGCAACCUGGAGCGUUAGUGCGCUUCUCGGGACAGACCAAGGAUGGGUACUCGACUGCUGAGAUGUACGUCGGUCAAGGACAAGGCAAGGAGGGUUUUGCUGACGCCAGAGUCUCGAUCGACGGCAACAACAUUACCAUCUUGGUCUUCAAUCCCUACACAGCUGACGGUCAGAUCAACCAAUUCGAGCUCAAAUUUGACUACGACAUUUCUCGCCCUCAUUCUCCAAUAUCAGAGGAGCGAGAGGGCCAGGGUGAUCGCUUGACCGACUUCCUCGGGCGUGUCUUCUUUGGCCCAGGUGGUCUUGCGGCGGGGAGGUUGCCUCCUACCAUGUCUCAGAUCGCGGUUGAAGUCACCAAGGAGCGAGUUCUCGAGUGGAUGACAGCCACGGAUGGUGUGGGCCUUGACAUCCAAUCCCCCAACCACAUCGGUGCGGCUGGCGAAGUCCCGAUCGAGUACUCUACCAUAUUGGUCAUGACGCUCAUCUGGCAAUUAUUGCUAGUGAGAGAUUGGGAUGUUGCGAAGCUUCUCCAUCGUCGAACUACCAUCUCGGUGAAAGACGGCCAACGUACCUUGGCCAUUGGUGACAAGUUGACCGUGGAAUGGGGGUUGGUUGGCCUUCAUAACACUGACUCGGGCAUUGACGCUGAAUUUCACAUGACAUUCUUCCGGGGCGGAGAAGAAGCUAUUGGUCUUAUUUACCUAUUCUCGGUCCUCAAUGAGCGAGUCCCAGACUCUCAAUGUUUUGGAACCCUAGGUCACAGCACAUGGACUCUGCCGCUUGCUACUGAGGCAGAUGUACAAGUCCUCCUGAACAAGUCUUGGUUCCGUCCUAUUGUCCCCGAGGAGACAUUCCAAAGUGGUCAGACAUUGGAACUUGAAUUGGAUCGCGAGCUGAGCGGUAAGACAACUGGCAAUGUCUGGUUGCAAGACGGGGAAGACAAGAAAGUGUUAUGCGCACGAGUGCAACCGGAAUCCCAGGAAUCCAACGGAGCAGACCUGGUCGCGGAUUUCAUGAACAGGCGAGCAACACGCACAGAGGAGCAAGUGCGUCUACCCGAAGCAAAAGCAUUGAAGACACAGGCAGGCCAAGCCUUCAAGAUCGCCGUCCCGAGCAACAGUGUCACGUACUGCGAAGUCACUAAGGAUUUCAACCCGAACCAUACGCUGGCGGCCUUUGCCCGCUACUCGGGCUGGCGUGAGCCCAUUUGCCAGGGCAACCAGACGGCCGCCCUAGUCCUCAAGCUCAUCAGGCAAGAAGUUCCCGGCGCGUCAGUCUCGACGCUGCGGCGCUACGACUGUGACUUCCGCUCUGUCGUGUAUCAGGGCGACACGCUGGCUGUCUCGGUCAAGCAGGUCGCCAUGCAGCACGGUGGCACCGUGCUCAGCUUCACCGCCCAACGGGAAGGAUCGGAUGAGGUUGUCGUUGCUGGUGUUGUUGAGCUCGAAGCUCCACCGACUGCAUUCCUGUUCACCGGGCAGGGGAGUCAGUUUGCUGGUAUGGGGCUAGACAUGAUCUCUCAGAGUCGUCCAAGUCGCUUGGUCUGGGCUGAAGCAGAUGAGUAUUUUGAGAACAACUGGGGUUUCUCUCUCAGCGACAUUGUCAGGCGCAACCCCGCGACACUGACUGUCAACUUUAGCAGCCGACAAGGCACCCGCGUCCGUGAGAGCUACCUAGCAGCGCAGUCCAUCCUGGAGGACUGCGACCCAUCAGACAGGAGGGUGCUCUUCGAAGGCCUCCACGCCAAGUCGCGCUCCUUCACCUUCCGACACGAGGAGGGCAUGCUCAGCAUGACGCAGUUCGCGCAGCCGGCCAUCCUCGUACUCGAGAGGGCCGCCUACGAGCACCUCAAGUCGCUUGGCCGAGUGCCGCGUAAUGCGUGCUUCGCGGGCCAUUCGCUGGGAGAGUUCGCCGCGCUCGGGUGCAUGACCGAGGUGUGGUCGCUGCAGGCAGCGUUGAAGACCGUCUUCAUCCGUGGCACGCUCAUGCAGAUGGCUGUCCCGCGCGACGCGAGAGGCCGCAGUGGGUUUGGUAUGGCUGCUGUUGAUCCGUCGAGGGUGCGCAAGGGCUUCACCGAGUCUCACCUGCGGGAGCUGGUUGAUGGUGUUGCUCGGCGCACGGGGCUUGUGCUGGAGAUGGUCAACCUUAACAUCCGUGGCAAGCAGUAUGUCUGUGCUGGCGACAAGCGGUGCCUUGACAUCCUGCGAGUGGUCACCGACACGCUGCAGGCGAGUCACUCAGUCCCUGACAUCGCUAAGCGAUGCAAUGAGCUGGUCGAGGAGCAUGCGGCCGACGCUACGUCCCGACUCGCUACGGAUGUCACUCUCAAGGGCGGCAAGGCACUCAUUCCUCUGCCUGGCAUCGACGUGCCGUUCCACUCUAGCACGAUGUCGUCGAUGGCAAAGCUCUUCCGGCGGACUUUGGUCAAUGCAGUCGACAGUGAGAAGGUUAGGACGGAGGAUCUGGUUGGGAAAUGGAUUCCCAAUGUGACGGGCAAACCUUUCUCGACUGACAAGGCAUACCUGGACAUGGUCGUCCAGCUGACAGGUUCCCCAAAGCUGGCUCUGCUGGCUGCUGCGAUGUAG